AUGUUUUUUUCUUUCUUUUAUUUUAAAUUUUUUAAAACAUUAUACCUUCUGAAGACUUGCUGUCAAGCUUUCCGCUUUCUGCAAUGUUCUCCUAUUGGCCCCAUCUAUUAUUCAAAUAUUUUUCCUUUUUUUUUUUCUUUCUAUUUUUUUUUUAAAGUUUGUUCUUUCUUUCUAUCAUUCUUUUUUUUUCACAGCUUUCUAUUCUUCAAAAAUCAUUUGAAACUUUCUCUCUUUCAUUCUUUCUUUUUUCUUUCCUUUUCUUUCUUUCCACGUAGAAGAUUUUGCUUUCUUUUUUUUACCUUCAUCAUGAAAUUUCUUAACAAUUUUAUUCUUUUCUUUUUUUAUAUAUUUUUUCUUUAUUUUUUUUUUUUUUAUUUUUUUCUUUUUAUUUCAAAAUCUAAAUUUUUCUUUUCUUUCUUUCUUCCUUUCUUUUUUUUUUCUUUUUUUUUUCUUUUCUUUUUUCUUUUUUUGGUUUCUUUCUUUCCUUUUACCAAUAAAUCUUAUCUUUCUUUCUUUUCUUUUUUUUUUUUCUUUUUAAGUCUUUGUUUGUUUGUUUCUUUUUUCUUUCUUUCUUUCUUUUUUUUUGUUUUUUUUUUCUUUCUUUCUUUUUUUCUUUCUUUCUUUUCAAAUUUCUUUUCUUUUUUUUUUAUAUAA